AUGAGUUCCGGUGAGUUGGGUUGCAUCUACGCCACUUUGAUUCUCCACGACGAUGGAAUCCCAAUCACCGCGGAGAAGAUAAGCACAAUCUUGAAGGCGGCUGAUGUUACCGUCGAAUCCUACUGGCCAAGCCUUUUUGCCAAGCUUGCUCAAAGCAAGAAUGUUGACGAUCUUGUUUUGAACUCUGGCGCAGCGGGUGGACCCGCCGUUGUUUCCGCCGGUGGAGCUGCACCCGCCGCUGGUGGGGCAGCAGCAGCAGAGGCACCUGUUGAGGCAAAGAAGGAAGAGGCCAAGGAAGAAAGUGAUGAUGACAUGGGCUUUAGUUUGUUCGAUUAG